CACGGACAGUGGACAGCUCGACGUCAACGCAUCUAACCAAAGUUUUCAUUUGAAAUUUAAUUUUUAAAAUCACUCUGUGAAAUAACGAGAUGCCGCCGACCACCGUGGCAGAAGAUCGACUGACGUCCGGACACCGGCUGUCCCAUCCCGCGCCCGGGGACGAAGUCCUCAUCACGGGAUGCUCCGGCUACUUCCCGGAUUCCGACUCCGUCAUACAUCUACAAGAGAACCUCUUUAAUAAGAUCAACAAUGUCAACAAGUUCGAUGCCUCCUUCUUCGGUGUGCACUUCAAGCAGGCGCACACUAUGGACCCCAUGUGCAGGAUACUGCUUGAGAAGGCCUACGAAGCAGUUAUUGACGCUGGUUUCAACCCCAAAGAACUUCGCAAUACAAAGACCGGCGUAUUUAUUGGUGCCUGCUUCUCCGAAUCUGAGAAAACUUGGUUUUAUGAGAAAAUGCAGGUCAACGGCUUUGGUGUUACUGGAUGUUCCCGCGCUAUGUUAGCUAACCGUAUCUCGUACUGGUUGGGUGUGACGGGGCCCUCGUACACGGUGGACUCGGCGUGCUCCAGCUCGCUGUACGCGCUGGAGCACGCCUUCCGCGCAAUCCGCGACGGCCACUGCGACGCCGCUAUCGUCGGCGGAUCCAACCUCUGUCUGCACCCUUAUGUUUCACUACAGUUCUCCAGAUUGGGAGUGCUGUCGCCUGAUGGCCGCUGUAAGAGUUUCGACAACAGUGCAAACGGCUACGCGCGCUCUGAAGCGAUUGUUGUAUGUUUUCUACAAAAAGCAAAGGAUUCCAGAAGAGUAUACGCUCAGCUCCUCCACGCGAAGACCAACUGCGACGGCUACAAGGAGCAGGGCAUCACGUACCCUGCUGGCCAGAUCCAGAAGCUGCUCCUCAAUGAGUUCUACGAGGAGUGCUCUAUACCGCCAUCUUCACUUGAGUUCGUAGAAGCUCACGGCACUGGAACCCGUGUGGGAGACCCUGAGGAGUUGCUGGCCAUCGAAGAGGUGUUCUGCACGGGCCGCUCCGAGCCGCUCAUGAUCGGCUCCAUCAAGUCCAACCUCGGCCACAGCGAGCCCGCCUCCGGACUUUGUUCCAUCGCUAAAAUGUGCAUAGCAUACAGCACCGGCUACAUCCCCCCCAACUUGAACUACAAGGUGGCGCGCGAGGGCGUGGCGGCGCUGAGCGCGGGCCGCCUGCAGGUGGUGACGGAGAAGCAGCGCUGGCGGCGCGGCCUCUCCGGCAUCAACAGCUUCGGCUUCGGCGGCGCCAACGCUCACGUGCUGCUCAAGAACGUCGCCAAACAGAAGGUGAACAAUGGUCUGCCUUGCGACGACUUGCCGCGGCUGGUGUGUGUGUCGGGGCGCACGGAGGCGGCGGCGGCGCGGCUGCUGGACGAGCUGCAGUCCCAGUCGACUCCAACGAGGAGUGUGAGCGUGUCGCGCGACAUCCAGUACUUCUCGGGCGUGCGCAGACCUGUGUGGUUCGUGUACUCCGGCAUGGGGUCGCAGUGGCCCGCCAUGGCCGCAAGCCUCAUGAGGAUCCCGGUCUUCGCAGCCGCCAUACAAAAAUGUCACAAAGUGUUGGAACCGAAAGGCAUUAACCUGACAAAGAUAAUAACGGACCCUGACCCUACAAUAUACGACAACAUCCUGAACUCGUUCGUCGGUAUCGCGGCUGUGCAGGUCGGCCUCACCGACGUGCUCCGAGCUGUCGGCAUACAACCUGACCAUAUUAUUGGGCACAGUGUGGGGGAGCUGGGCUGCGCGUACGCCGACGGCUGCUUCUCUGCUGAGGAAAUGAUCCUGUCCGCCUUCAGCCGCGGCCUCGCCUCCAUUGAGACACCCUUCAUCAAGGGUUCUAUGGCUGCGGUGGGACUGGGAUACAACCAGAUCAAAUCGAUGUGUCCGCCGGAGAUCGAGGUGGCGUGUCACAACGGACCCGACUCCAGCACCAUCUCGGGUCCUGCUGACGUCAUGAAGCAGUUCGUGUCUCAGCUGAGCCAGCAGGGAGUCUUCGCCAAGGAGGUGCCCUGCUCCAACAUCGCCUACCACUCCAGAUACAUCGCUGAAGCUGGUCCUAAAUUACUGAAAUACCUGCGCGAAGUGAUCAAGGACCCUAAACCUAGGUCUGAGCGCUGGGUCUCGACUUCAGUACCACAGGCGCUGUGGAAAGACCCCAGAGCUGAGUUCUCUUCUGCAGAAUAUCACACUAAUAAUUUAUUGAGUCCAGUGCUAUUCGAGGAGACAGCGCGUCUCAUCCAGCCCAAUGCGAUCACGAUAGAGAUCGCGCCGCACGGCCUGCUGCAGGCCAUCCUGCGCCGCGCCCUGCCCGAGGAGGUGAUCAAUGUCGCCCUCACGCAGAGGAAACACGAAGAUAAUGUACAAGUUCUCUUCACCGCUUUAGGAAAGUACCCGCCCGUGGCGUUCCCCGUGUCGCAAGGCACGCCCAUGCUCUCGCACCUCGUCGAGUGGGAACACAGCGAAGAUUGGUAUGUAACAUCAUAUAAGGCCCAAGAGAAAAUGAAAUCCGGAGAAAGAACAGUUAGAAUGUCGAUUGUUGAUGAAGACAGCGAGUACAUGGCCGGACACGUUGUUGAUGGUCGCAACCUAUACCCUGCCACCGGCUACCUGGUGCUGGUGUGGGAGACGCUGGGGAUGAUGAUGGGUGAACUCUACACUGAAGUGUCCGUCGUCUUCGAGAACGUUCGCUUCCAGAGAGCUACAAACAUACCUAAAGAUGGUAACUUGGAGUUUAUCGUCAUGAUACAGAAGGGCAGCGGCAACUUUGAGAUUGUAGAGAGCGGUGCAUCAAUAGUGACAGGUCGCAUCUACGCCAAGAAGAACGUAGGAGAAGAUUACCGCGUGCUGGCCGCGCCGCACGAGGCCACCGGCCCUGAUGUCAAGCACAUGCUCACUAAAGACUUCUACAAGGAAUUAAGGCUUCGAGGCUACCAAUAUAGUGGUCUGUUCCGUGGCGUGGUCGGUUGUAACGUGGAGGGUACCCGCGGCCGCCUCGCCUGGCUCAACAACUGGGUCACCUUCAUGGACUGCAUGCUGCAGCUCAAGAUCGUGGGCCAGGACACGCGCGGACUCUUCGUGCCCACCAGGAUAGAGAAGAUGUGCAUCGACGCGGCCAUGCACUACAACGCCAUCUCCAACAUGAACCCUGACUCCAACAGACAGACGUUUGAAAUACGCGUCUACCCAGAUGUGGAUGUUAUCAGAGCUGGAGGUGUUGAAAUCAGAGGUCUUCAUGCCACACCAAUAUCAAAGAAGAUACCAUUAGGUGUUCCUGUUCUUGAGAAAAAUGAAUUUGUCGCUAACUUUGGUAAAAACAAGAUGAAGAUGGAAGAUAUUCUACGUGCUGAUAUCCAAAUUAUUCUCGAAAAUAUACAGACAUAUAAAGUGAAAAGCAUUGAGAUUGUUGAUGAGGAAUACAAGAAUAACGAAUUAAGUCCAGUUAUGGAGACGGUGGCCGACGUGCUCGGAGACCUGCCGCUGGUGCAAGCUGAACUGAUAGUCAUCACUGAGGAACAACUGGAAAUGCCUUCACAUAUUACAGUAGAAAAUAAAAAAUUAAUCGGAGAAAGCAAUACUGUUAUCUUCGUUGGAGCUAAUCUAUUACAAAGACCAGAGCUCCUUCAACAAGCUGUGUCUACAUUGAGAGACAAAUGCUUUAUUAUUAGUCGUGAAAAAGAACGUCCUAAUCCAAAAGAUUACUACGGGAAAUACGAUAUAGUGACAAUCCACGAUACUGGGAUAGAAUACGUCGUGAUGUUCAGGAAAAGAAUUGGUGCUAAACCAGCUAAAUUCUUUAGAAUUAUGGCAGCAGACCAGGAAUUCUCUUGGAUCGACAAAGUCAAGGAUGAACUAAAAGAGGGUCAGAAAUUAGUGCUUUACAGUCAAGAUGAGCCUAUUAACGGUCUUUUGGGUCUAGUCAAUUGUCUAAGAAGAGAGCCUGGAGGCGAAAUUGUUUACGGUCUACUCAUAGCCGACCCAUCUGCUCCAGCUUUUAACCCAGAUUUGGAAUUCUAUGAAGAACAAUUGGAUAAAGAUUUAGCAUUGAAUGUUUACCAAGACGGUCAAUGGGGAACAUAUCGUCAUUUGCUAUUGGGAGAUUUAGAAACAGUGAAAGCCGCACACGCUUAUGUCAACACGACAACUAUCGGAGAUCUCUCUUCAAUGAAAUGGUUACAAGGAAACCUCAAAGAGAAUCAUCAAUUCAAAAAUCCAGACAAAAUUCUCAUUCAAGUGUACUGCGCUGCUUUGAACUUCCGUGACGUCAUGACAGCGAUGGGCCGUGUGACGGUGGACGCGGUGGCUCGCGGCAGACUCAACCAGGAGUGUGUGCAGGGCUUCGAAGUUGUUGGCAGAACUCCUAAUGGUUCUCGUGUGAUGGCCAUGGUCCGCAACAGCGGCAUGGCCAACGUGGUCGCCGGAGACAAGAUCCUGAUGUGGAGCAUCCCUGAUGAAUGGACAUUUGAGGAGGCUUGCAGCGUGCCUGUAGCUUACGGAACUGUUUACUAUGCAUUUGGGCAAGCCGCCAUCAACGUGGCGCUGCACUACGGCUGCGAGGUUUUCACCACAGUCGGCACUCCCGAGAAGAGGGCCUUCAUCAAGAAACUUUUCCCACAACUCAAAGAUAGUCACAUUGGCAACUCUCGAGACACAUCAUUCGAAGACAUGAUCAGACGCGAAACCAAAGGGAAGGGUGUUGAUGUUGUUCUGAAUUCCCUGGCCGAUGAGAAAUUGCAGGCGUCGGUGCGUUGCCUAGGUUACCGCGGCCGCUUCUUAGAGAUUGGCAAGUUCGACAUCAGCAACAACACGCCCAUCGGCAUGUACUACUUCCUCAAGGAGACCUCCUUCCACGGCAUCAUGUUGGACUACAUCUUUGAUCAGAACGUCGAGUUCAGGAAGAAACUGCAAGAUCUUCUGCUGACCGGUAUCGAGAGCGGCGCUGUGAGACCUCUCACUUAUUGCAUCUUCGAGAAGGAUGAAGUGGAACAAGCCUUCAGAUACAUGGCGGCCGGAAAACACAUCGGCAAGGUAAUCGUGAAAAUCCGUGACGAAGAGCGCAGCAACCGACCAGUUAAACCUACGCCCAUACUGAUGGAUGCAGUUCCAAGGUAUACCUGCCAGGAUGAGCUGGUGUACGUGGUGGUGGGCGGGCUGGGCGGCUUCGGCCUGGAGCUGGCGGACUGGCUCAUCAUGCGCGGCGCCAGGAAGGUGCUGCUCACCUCGCGCAGGGGAAUCACCAACGGGUACCAGUCCAGCAGGAUCAGAGCGUGGACUGGCUACGGCGCCGAUGUUCGCAUCUCCACUCACGACGUGGUGACGGAAGCUGGAUGUGAGGAAAUGCUGAAGAUGGCCAACUCCAUGGGCCCCGUGGAGGCGAUCUUCAACCUCGCCGUCAUCCUCAAGGACUCCAUAUUCCAGAACCAGACGCCGGAGACGUUCAAAACAUCGUUUGCACCGAAAGCGCUCGCCACUAUGAAUUUGGACAAAUUAUCGAGGAAACUUUGCCCUGGAUUGAAGGACUUUGUAAUAUUUUCGUCUGUCUCGUGCGGGCGCGGCAACGCCGGACAAACCAACUACGGUCUCUCGAACUCCGUGAUGGAGAGGAUCUGCGAGUGGAGGAAGAAACUGUGUCUGCCAGCCCUCGCUGUGCAGUGGGGUCACAAAGGUAUAGUAUUCUGUAUCGACGGAGCGCCGGACUUCCUGUACGGUCUGCUCACUCAGACGCUGGACACCAAAGACGACGUGCUGCUGCAGAACAGCCUCAUCUGCCACACCUUAGAGAUCAUCGCCCCCAACGAUGACGUCACCAAGGACCUCAUGACCAAACUCAACCAAAUAGAAUCCUACGACGAAAGAAUCAAACACGCAGCAAAAGUAUCCUCAGUACAGCAUAGAUAUUCCGAGAGCUUUGUAGCCGCGGUCGCUGCGGCCAGCUUUGAUAGACUCAAAAUGGUGUUAGACCACAAACCUUUAGAGAAAAAGCUCUCAGCCCCAAUAUUCCUUCUAAGACCUAAAGACCCCCCUCCAUUUAUGACCUGCGAGGAAAACUACGGCCUCGACAAAUAUACUGAGGGUCAAGUUACUGUACACAAUCUAGAAGGGAACCACAUCACUAUUAUCGAAAAUAAAGAUUGCGCUAAUAUUAUUAAUAGAAUUCUUUCAGAAAAAGAUAAGAAUAAGGAUACGAGCAAAACUGAUCUUAAUGUUGUUACAAGUAUGGUUGAAAAUCAAAGAACAGUGCAAAUAUAAGUUACCGUCAAUAAAUUGUUUAGAUUUUGAUUUUUUAUUUAUUAUUGUAGCUUUAUUUAGUACUUAAUGUUUAAUGUAACACGAAGGCCAGUACCAAAUAAAAUAAUCAUUAGAUAACUUAGAGAAAGUAAAUUUCUUUCUUUCUAGAUAACUUAUAUUGUUUCUUAGCUUAGAAUAUUUGUGACUGGGUCUUAGGUGAGUGUUAAGUUUGAAUAAGUUUGUACUAGUUUGUGUUACUUCAUUGAUCUGAUUUAUGUGAUGGGCUUAGAAAAUAUAAUAUUGAUCUUUUUUA